AUAGGAGCCAACAAAACUCCAUGCCGCCCGCGCCUCGCUGCCUCCUCCGGCCUCCUGCGAUCCUGUCUGCGUCACCCGCAAGAUUCCAACGAGCGCAUAGAUAGCUAGACAUAGUCGAUGGAGAAAAAAAAGUCUAAACAGAUCUCAUCCGCCGGCCGGUGGAGAAAAUAUCAACAGCUUAAUGGAGUAUAUAUCUUUCGUUUAUCUUAUUAAUAUACAGUACAUAAUCUGAUCUUAUUUUCAAACCAACGCAACAAACCAAUCAGGGCGUAUAUAUAGGGAAGGGUCCAAGGUCCAUCUCCAUCUCCAUCUCCAUCUCCAUCCCCGGGUGCACACUUCUCUCCUACCCCCACCAUCCCUCCCCUGUUUCUCGCCUUAUCUCCAUUGCCGCCUGCCGCCACUUCAGCCUGGGCUUGAGCUAGCCAUGGAACCGGAGCGAGCUGUUGUCAUGGAGCCGACGGCGGCGGCGUUGAUGGCGGAGCUGCGGGGCAGCUUCAGGGAGGGCCGGACGCGGCCGGCCGAGUGGCGGACGGCGCAGCUCAGGUCGCUCGUCAGGAUGAUCGAGGAGAAGGAGGACGACAUCAGCGACGCGCUCCACGCCGACCUCGCCAAGCCGCGCAUGGAGGCCUACCUCCACGAGAUAUCGCUAGCGAAAGGGGCCUGUAUGUUUGCCCUGAAGGGGCUCAAGAAUUGGAUGAAGCCUGACAAGGUACCUUCUGCCAUAACUACAUUCCCAUCCACUGCUCAAAUCGUGCCGGAGCCCAUGGGUGUCGUUCUCGUCAUAUCAGCCUGGAACUAUCCUUUCUUGCUAUCUAUCGAGCCCGUCAUUGGAGCAAUUGCUGCUGGGAAUGCUGUUGUGCUCAAGCCAUCGGAAAUUUCGCCAGCGACAUCUUCAUUGUUCGCGAAGCUGCUACCAGAGUACCUUGAUAGAUCAUGUAUAAAAGUUGUGGAGGGAGGUGUCUCUGAAACAAGUGCACUCUUAGAACAAAAAUGGGAUAAGAUCUUCUACACAGGAAAUGGAUAUGUCGCUCGCGUAGUGUUGACAGCAGCUGCAAAGCAUCUAACCCCUGUUGCUCUGGAGCUCGGUGGAAAAUGCCCUGUUAUUGUCGACUCUAACGUCGAUCUGCAUGUUGCUGCUAAGAGGAUUGCUGUUGGUAAAUGGGGAUGUAACAAUGGCCAGGCAUGCAUUGCUCCGGAUUACAUCAUAACGACAAAAGCGUUUGUUACAGAGCUGGUCGACUCUUUGAAAAGAGUCUUGGAAAGGUUCUACGGGGAGGAUCCGUUGCAAUCGGCGGACCUGUCUCGUAUUGUAAAUAUUAGCCAUUUCCACCGAUUAGCAAAGUUGCUAGAUGAUAAGAAAGUCGCCGAAAAGAUUCUGCUCGGUGGCCAGACAGAUAUGGAGCAACUAAAAAUAGCUCCUACGGUGCUGGUAGAUGUUCCUCUUGAUACAGAACUCAUGAAGGGGGAAAUAUUUGGCCCCAUGCUUCCAAUUAUAACGGUCGACAAGAUUGAAGAAGGCAUCACGCACAUCAACGCCGGGGCGAAGCCACUCGCGGCCUACCUCUUCACCAAGGACAAGAAACUGCAACAAGAUUUCGUCUCAAACGUCUCGGCAGGAGGCAUGCUCGUCAACGACGUCGCCCUACACCUGACGAACCCGCAUUUGCCGUUCGGCGGCGUGGGCGACAGCGGCACGGGGUCGUACCACGGCAAGUUCAGCUUCGACUGCUUCACUCACCGGAAGGCGGUGCUGAUCCGCGGGUUUGGCGGCGAGGCGAACGCGAGGUACCCACCCUACACGGCAGAGAAGCAGAGGAUCCUCAGGGGCCUCAUCAAGGGCAGCUUCUUUGCGCUGAUCCUUGCGCUCCUGGGAUUCCCAAGGGAGAAGCGCUAGCUGAGCUGAGCCCCCUCCCUUCUCCAGUACAGCAUAGCAGGAUUAUUCAUGUUCUGCACUGUAAAGUGUUAGUGCGCGAGCGUGUUCAACAGGUGUAAAAUAUGGGACUACUAUCCGAUAUCUGGAUGUAAGUCGAUUUAAUUUCUUACAUAAACAAACCUUGUUUGCCGGUUAAUCCAGCGUGAAGGAUGAAGAGGAUAACGCCCUGCUUGCAAGAA